AUGAAGUUCUUCUCCUCCGAACACCAAUUCGAAUACUCCUGGGAAGAAGUCUCCACCAACAACUGGCGAAAAUACUCCCAAUGGAACGACAAAGCCGAGCAUGUCCUGGGCGUCGACACCCUCUCCCGCUCCAUCCACCCAUCCACCGGCAUCCUCCGCACCGAACGGCUUAUAACAUGCCAUCAGUCCGCUCCACAAUGGGUGAAGCGCUUCCUGGGCGCCGGGGACACGUCGUAUGUCUAUGAGGUGUCGUAUGUGGAUCCCAAAGCGAAGAAGGUCACGAUGUGUAGUCAGAAUAUGACGUUUAGUGAGCUGUUGAGCGUGCAGGAGACGUGUGUAUAUCGACCCGGGAAGGGUCCGGGGAAGACUGUGUUUGAGCAGCAUGCGAAGAUCAUUGCGCUGUGUGGCGGGUGGCAGAAGAUCAAGAACAGCAUUGAGGAAUUCUCGGUCGAAAGAUUCAAGGCGAAUGCAGUGAAAGGACGAGAAGGGUUUGAGAGAGUGCUAGCAAUAAGUCGAGAAGUCUUCGCUGAAGAGAGGAAGAAGAGAGCGAUGGGAGUGUAG